AUGGCGUCGGGUGCAGCAGCAAUGCGUGACCUUAAGGUAAAACCACAAUGGGAGCGGACUAGGCGUAUUAUGGCUUUGGUGCCUCCUGCAUGCGCCCCUUCUGAUAGUAGCAAUACUUCAGAAGAUGAAGACCAGGUUCCUAAAUUACUAGAUCACGUUGAGACGAAUGACUUAUCUGAUUUUAGUUCCGAGCCAAAAUCAAUAGAGUCUUCUUUAGAAAGGUUAAAUAUCCUGGACGAUCUAUCUGAUAAUAGUAACUCCAAUAUCCAACAAAAUCCAGAAUCUCCCAUAUCUCCUUACGAAGAAGAUACAGUCCCAUUGACUCCACUUAUGAAUGAGAUAUUUAGACCGGGGUCAGAGUUACUACAUACCUUACCUACAUUAAAUUCGCCACUUUUAUCUGCACUUCCGGAAAAUACAAGAUCAAAUAAAAGGAAAGCUAUCAAUAGACCGAAAUUAGUAACAAAAAAGGUAAAAAAAUAUAUCCGCAAACCUCUUAAUUUCAUAUGGACAAAAGAACUAUUGAAAAAAAAUAGAGUUCCCAAAGACACGAAUAAGGAAAAUAUUGCUGCUGCCCAAAUUCAAUUACCAUCUGCUCCGAGACCACCUGAUGCUGUACGAUACGAUAACACUGGGCAUUUGCCAGUAUUUGUUCCCUAUGGUUUACCAAUGUUUGAUUACACUGUAUUAUGUACUGUGUACUGUAAAAUGGCUUAA